AUGUCCGUGGACGGCGUCAGCUACGAGGAGCUCGAGUUCCUGCACUACUCGGGCCCGGACGUGAGGGAGAUCCUGUUCGACAUCGUGGCCGCCAUCAACCAGGGCAGGGUGCACGACAGCGCCGCCGCGCUCUGGGGCGACCUCCAGCUGCUCGGGAUCGAGAAGCGAGACGACAUGGGCAACGUCACCGGCACCCGCCCCAUCGGCAUCCCUGCAGCCAUCCGCCGCCUCGCCAACCGGGUCCUCAUGAAACACCGCAGCUCUGACAUGUGCGACCUGUUUACCGGCCGCACCGCCGACUCGCGCCGCCUCAUUGUCGACGACAUGCGCGAAAUCUGCCGCCGCCCGCUCGCGGAAGGCGGCCUGGGCAUGUCGGAGGAGGAGGCGGAGGCGCGCGUCAAGGACUGCAACAUCCCUCUGCAGGUUGGCGUGGGCCUCGCAGGCGGCGCCGAGGUCGCCGUGCAGCUUCUGUCAGAGCACCUGCGGCGCAACCCGGGCCACGCCGUCGCCUCGGACGACAAGAAGAACGGCUUCAACUCCAUCUCACGAGAGGCCAUCUUUGCUGGCCUGCGUCGCUGGUGUGCCGCUCAGUCGAUGAUACACGACCCGCCGACCCUCUGCCAGCCCUACUUCGACUCCAGUCGCGAGCCCGGGGACAGGUACCGCUUUCAGAGGAUGUGCGGGGCGUGUUGGAACGCUGGCGCGCAGCUGUGGUACUCGGCGGCAGAGGCGGCACAGGCGGCUGCGACUGCAGCGGCGGCUGCGAGCGCGGCGGCCAUUAGUGCGGAGCUCGACGCGAUCCCCGAUGCAGUGCUGGAGGUGGCGGUGCGGCAGGCAGAGGGAGGCGAGGCGGCGGCGGCUUCAGACGACGACGCAUUGCCGCCCGACGACAGCUAUCUUGCCGCCGCGUCGGGAGACGAGGCGGAGGACGCCGAGCCGCUGCCGCCGCCGCCGCCGCUACCACCGCCGUCUGACCAGCCGCAGCCGGCGCCCCUCGUCGUGCCACCCCCGCCGCUUCCGCUCACCGAUGAGCAACGGUCGGCCGCACCAGUGGCGUCACCGUCCCAUCUCUCCACCGCAUCUCCGCAGCCCGAGCCGGAGUACAUGUCGACGGACGACGAGCGUGGCUUGGCCAAGCGGCGGGUCCAGCCGUCACUAGUGCCGGGCGUCAUCAAGGGCAAGCACAACCUCGAGCACCUCUCCCGAGCCAACGUCGAGUACCUGACCCGCACCCUUCCCGACGACGGCACCUCGGACACGGCGUCGACGCGGUUGAAGGCGCACGGGCUGCCAAGCCAGCUGGCCAAGAGCCCCAACCUGCUCUGCGAGGAGUUGCGCGCGCGCGAGGCCGAGUGGCGGCUGCAUGCGUCGCUGCGCGAGAAGUGCAAGGGCAAGCUUGCACAGGGCGCUGUUGCGGCGAGAGCAGCGGCUGGGGCGGUGACGGCCAGGGUGGCAAAGAUGGCUGCGACGGAGAGGGCGGUAUGGGCGGUAGCGGAAAGGGAGGCACUGUUAACGGUUGCGGCGGAGGCGCUGAUGGUGGCGGCUGCACAGGUGGCCAACGGGGAGAGGGCGGCGCGGGAGAGGGCGGCGGAGAGGGCAAGGGCGGCGGCGGCGGCGAGGGCGGCGGCGGCGAGGGCGGUUGAGACGGAGAGGGCGACGGCGGCGGCGGCGGCGGCGGCUGCGGAGGAGUUGGCGGCAGCGGAGGAGGUGGCGAGUGUGACGGCGGCGGCGAAGGAGAGUGCGGCGGCGGCGACAGAGGCGAUGGUGGCGGUGGCGACGUGGGCGGCGGUGGCGAGGGAGAAGGCGGCGGCGCCGGCGGAGGCGAGGGCGGCGGAGAGGGAGACGGCGGCGGCGGCGGCGGUGGCGAGGGCGGCGGUGGCGAGGGCGGCGGCGAGGGCGAGGGCGGCGGCGGCGACGGAGAGGGCGGAGAGGGCGGCGGGGGCGGCGGCGGCGGCGGCGAGGGAGAGGGCGGGGGUGAUGGCGAGGGCGAUGGACCCAAAGGCGGCGGCGGCAACGGUGGUGGCGGCGGAGGCGGAGGCGAGGCCAGAGGCGGGGACGAGCAAAAGUAGGGUACUCGCGGCGGCGGCGGCGGCGGCGGCGAAGGAGUGGGCGGCGGCGGAGGAGGUGGCGAGUGUGGCGGUGGCGAGGGAGAGUGCGGCGGCGGCGGCAGAGGCGACGGUGGCGGUGGCGGCGCGGGCAGCGGUGGCGACGGAGAAGGCGGCGGCGGCGGAGGCGAGGGCGGCGGAGAGGGAGACGGCGGCGGCGGCGGCGGUGGCGAGGGCGGCGGUGGCGAGGGCGGCGGCGAGGGCGAGGGCGGCGGCGGCGGCGGAGGCUGGGGCGGUGGUGGCGAGGGCGGCGGCGACGGAGAGGGCGGCGGCGGCGGCGGCAGCGGCAGCGGCGGCGAGGGAGAGGGCGGGGGUGAUGGCGAGGGCGAUGGACCCAAAGGCGGCGGCGGCAAUGGUGGUGGCGGCGGAGGCGGAGGCGAGGCCGGAGGCGGGCGGCGGUGGCGAGGGUGGCGGCGACGGAGAGGGCGGCGGCGGCGGCGGUGGCGAGGGCGGCGGUGGCGAGGGUGGCGGCGAGGGAGAGGGCGGCGGCGGCGGCGGCAGCGGCGGCGGCGGCGAUGAGGGCGGCGGCGGCGACGGAGAGGGCGGCGAUGGCGAGGGGGGUGGAGGCGGCAGUGGCGAGGGCGGCGGCGGAGGCGGCGGCGAUGGAGAGGGCGGCGACGGAGAGGGCGGCCUCGGAGAGGGCGGCCUCGGAGAGGGCGGUGGAGGCGGCAGUGGCGAGGGCGGCGGCGGAGGCGGCGGCGGCGGCGACGGAGAGGGCGGCGACGGAGAGGGCGGUGGCGGCGAGGGUUGUGGCGGUGAGGGCGGCGGUGAGGACGGCAGUGAGGGCGGCAGUGAGGGCGGUGCUGUGGGUGGUGGCAGUGAGGGUGGCGGCGGCGCUGGCGGCGAGGGCGGCGGCGGUGAGGGGGGCGUUGGUGGUGAGGGCAGUGUCGAGGGUGGCGGCGUCGACGGCAGCGGCGGCCGCGAGGGAGGCGGCGAGGGCGGCGGCAAGGGCUGCGGCGAGGGCGGCGGUGGCGCAGGUGGUGGCGGCGAGGGCGGUGGAGGUGAAGGCGGCGGCGGUGAGGGUGGUGGCGGUGAAGGCGGCGGCGGUGAGGGUGGUGGAGGAGCGGGAAGCGGCGGCGUGGGUGGGGGCGGCGCGGGAAACGGCGGUGGCGGCGUUGGCAUUAGCGGCGAUGGCGAGGGCGACGGCUGCGCGGGCGGCGGCGGCGAGGGCGGCGGCGUUGUGGGCGGCGGCGAGGGAAAGGGAGGUGGCGGCGGCGGUGGCGGUGGCGGCGGCGGCAAGGGUGGCAGCGACGGAGAGGGCGGUGAGGGCGGCGGCAGCGACGGAGAGGGCAGCCUCGGAGAGGGCGGUGGAGGCGGCAGUGGCGAGGGCGGAGGCGGAGGCGGCGGCGGCGGCGAGGGCGAGGGCGGCGGCGGCGAGGGCGGUGGCGGCGAGGGCGGUGGCGGCGAGGAUGAAGGCGGCGGCGGUGAGGGUGGUGGAGGAGCGGGAAGCGGCGGCGUGGGCGGUGGCGGCGCGGGAAACGGCGGUGGCGGCGUUGGCAAUAGCGGCGGUGGCGAGGGCGACGGCUGCGCGGGCGGCGGCGGCGAGGGCGGCGGCGUUAUGGGCGGCGGCGAGGGAAAGGGAGGUGGCGGCGGCGGUGGCGGGGGCGGCGGCGGCGAGGGUGGCAGCGACGGAGAGGGCGGUGAGGGCGGCGGCAGCGACGGAGAGGGCAGCCUCGGAGAGGGCGGCAGAGGCGGCAGUGGCGAGGGCGGAGGCGGAGGCGGCGGCGGCGGCGAGGGCGAGGGCGGCGGCGGCGAGGGCGGUGGCGGCGAGGGCGGUGGCGGCGAGGAUGAAGGCGGCGGCGGUGAGGGUGGUGGAGGAGCGGGAAGCGGCGGUGUGGGCGGUGGCGGCGCGGGAAACGGCGGUGGCGGCGUUGGCAAUAGCGGCGGUGGCGAGGGCGACGGCUGGGCGGGCGGCGGCGGCGAGGGCGGCGGCGUUAUGGGCGGCGGCGAGGGAAAGGGGGGUGGCGGCGGCGGUGGCGAGGGCGGCGGCGAGCGUGGCGGCGAUGGAGAGGGCGGUGAGGGCGGCGGCGGCGACGGAGAGGGCAGCCUCGGAGAGGGCGGUGGGGGCGGCAGUGGCGAGGGCGGCGGCGGAGGCGGCGGCGGCGGCGAGGGCGAGGGCGGCGGCGGCGAGGGCGGUGGCGGCGAGGAUGAAGGCGGCGGCGGUGAGGGUGGUGGAGGAGCGGGAAGCAGCGGCGUGGGCGGUGGCGGCGUUGGCGAUAGCGGCGGUGGCGAGGGCGACGGCGUUAUUGGCGGCGGCGAGGGAGAGGGCGGCGGCGGCGGCGGUGGCGAGGGCGGCAGCAGCGAGGGCGGCAGCGGUGGGUAUGGAGUUGUAGCGGGCAGCGGCGGGGGCGGUGGCUGCUCGAUGCUGCAGCGUCGCCAUCGCGUGCUCUCAGAGAAGGACAGGGACUCAUUGCAGUCGGCCGAGACCAGGCAAUAG